AGGCACCAGGAGAACCGAGUGGAGAGACGCUCCCAGCCUUAGGGAUAACCAAGUAAGUUCUGAGCCUCCAGGGGGGCGAAUCUCCGCUACCUAAACAAGACCCGACUCUCCUCCCCAGUGGCUGCUUGUUCCUUCAGCUGGGGAGCAUACAGGGAAUUCUAAAUUUGCUGUGCCAAGAUAGUGAACUUCAUCAUCAGGUGGGUUAAACAGGCUAUCCCCCUGCCCGAGGGCCUUAAUGGCCUCCAAGGAUAAGUGAUAACAGGAAUACAAACUCAUCUGUGAGCAAACCACGUUAAGGAUUUUCUGUUGCUGCUUCUUUGAUUUUUUUUGACAACAAAUUUUCCUACAGGUUUGUCACCUGUAAGCAUUCCACUGAAAGCCAUGUAGUUUUGACCAUUUCUGUCCCACAGGGAAGAAAAGAGCUGGCAUGAUAGCUUACUCCCACAUCAGGUGUGUCUGAAAGGUGUUUGUGUGAACAGGCACUCAAAGCACUAGCUGUGUUAGAGUGCGUCUCUCGGGGUCUGUUGAGGCCACUGUUUACUUGCAGUGUGACGGUGUGAUUCUGUUUGUGCGUAUGAAACAAGUAACAAGUGCUUAAAGAGUGCGUGAGGUGGUGGGGCACCGUGGAGGUCAGAGCCCUGGAUUUCUUAGAGAUGGAAGGUCAUGCUUAUGACCGCUUUGGAGAUGGAGAGAGGGACAGUUACCUCAUCGACUAUAGAAGGAUUGUAGGAGACAUGGAACCAGCACGGCCACGUCCCUCAAAUAGAGAUGGGGAGCAACCUCACCCGUAUGGGGCCUAUGCCCACCCCGUGCCGCAUGGACAUGGAUAUGAGACAGCAGCCCAGCGUUACAGCGCUACACGCAUUCAAGCUGGAUAUGAACCAGAGAGCAUGGCUGACUACUUGAUCAGCGGGGGCACAGGUUAUGUUCCUGAGGACGGACUCACAGCACAACAACUUUUUGCUAUCGGGGAUGGACUUACGUACAAUGACUUCUUGAUCCUUCCCGGUUUCAUAGAUUUCACCUCUGAUGAGGUGGAUCUAACAUCAGCACUCACGCGAAAGAUUACCCUGAAGACGCCUCUGAUUUCAUCUCCUAUGGAUACAGUCACAGAGUCAUCCAUGGCCAUCGCCAUGGCACUGAUGGGAGGGAUUGGAAUAAUUCACCAUAAUUGCACUGCUGAGUUCCAGGCCAAUGAGGUGCGCAAAGUGAAGAAAUUUGAGCAGGGCUUUAUUACAGACCCAGUGGUAAUGAGUCCCCAUCACACAGUAGGGGAUGUGUUUGAGGCCAAGAUACGCCAUGGUUUCUCUGGGAUCCCAAUUACAGAGACGGGCAAGAUGGGCAGUAAGCUGGUUGGCAUCGUUACCUCCAGAGAUAUAGAUUUUCUGUCUGAGAAGGAUCAUGACCGCCCCCUGGAAGAAGCAAUGACAAAAAGAGAAGAUCUAGUUGUUGCACCAGCUGGAGUCACACUGAAAGAAGCUAAUGAUAUACUGCAACGUAGCAAAAAAGGUAAGCUCCCCAUAGUUAAUGACAAUGAUGAGCUGGUCGCCAUUAUUGCUAGAACUGACUUGAAGAAGAACAGAGAUUAUCCUCUGGCUUCCAAGGACUCUCGCAAACAGCUGCUGUGUGGAGCUGCCAUUGGUACCAGGGAGGACGACAAAUACAGACUGGAUCUCCUCGUGCAGGCUGGAGUUGAUGUUGUCGUCCUGGACUCCUCUCAAGGAAACUCAGUAUAUCAAAUUAACAUGAUAAACUACAUCAAACAUAAAUAUCCUGAACUGCAAGUGGUUGGAGGAAAUGUGGUGACAGCUGCUCAGGCUAAAAACCUCAUAGAUGCUGGUGUGGAUGCCCUGAGGGUGGGCAUGGGGUGUGGCUCUAUCUGUAUCACACAGGAAGUAAUGGCAUGCGGACGACCCCAGGGUACAUCAGUGUACAAGGUUGCAGAGUACGCUAGACGUUUUGGAGUGCCAGUAAUUGCUGAUGGAGGCAUUCAAACUGUUGGACAUGUGGUAAAAGCUCUCGCCCUGGGAGCAUCUACAGUGAUGAUGGGGUCAUUGCUUGCAGCAACUACUGAAGCUCCAGGAGAAUAUUUCUUUUCUGAUGGUGUGCGCCUAAAAAAGUACAGAGGAAUGGGAUCCUUGGAUGCUAUGGAGAAAAAUAACAGCCAGAAACGUUACUUCAGUGAGGGAGAUAAGGUGAAGGUGGCUCAAGGUGUCUCGGGAUCAGUUCAAGAUAAAGGCUCCAUUCAUAAGUUUGUUCCUUACCUCAUUGCUGGCAUCCAACAUGGCUGUCAGGACAUAGGAGCCAAAAGUUUGUCCAUUUUGCGGUCAAUGAUGUAUUCUGGAGAGUUAAAGUUUGAGAAGAGAACCAUGUCUGCGCAGAUGGAAGGGGGCGUCCACGGGCUUCAUUCAUAUUCUUUUGUGCCAUUUACGAGAAACGGCUUUACUGAGGCAGGAGGAAGAGGAAACACUCGAUCGGGACCUAACGUCCCGGCCCCAGCAGCUAUGAGCAGAUGCACCGGGCGCAUGUGAUUGAACUGCAACACACAAAGCUCCUGUGACUUCUACAGUCUAAAGUCUAACACAGCUAUUCUGUGGCCCUCUUUAAGUUCAAAGAGCACAAGAGGAUAAGUUCAAAGGAGCAGGAUUUAAAGGACGGUCACAAGAAAUCUUUAUCUGCUGUUGUCCCACCAACGCUGAGGUGCAGAGGGGAUGAUGUAUUUAUCUAUUCUGCUGUUCCCUUUCAACAAGAAAAAGCAUGCUUUUGAUUAUAUUAUAUUUCCAUGCUCAUUUAAUAUACUAGCCCCCCCCUGCCCGCCCUUUUUUUUUUUUUUUUUUUUUUUGCAGAAUAUCAGGUAGUCAGUUAAAAUUCCAUGCCAAAAUUGUAACAACAAGUGUAUAGCGCUAUGAUCAUAUUUUUUUAGCACUCUCUCUCUCUUAUGUAUAACACUAACAAACAGGAAGUAAACAUGUUCUACUUACAGCAAGUAAAAUCUUACUCUCUGAGCUCUGUGCUGCUCUGUCGUAGACGGGACAAAAACUGCAUCAGCCUUAAUUUAUAAAUGAACACUGGAAAUAGGAAGCACCUUCAAAGAACAAUCGUGCAAUUUCACCUCAAAUUUUACUUAUUUUAAUGUUAUUGCUUGAGUGAAAGGAGAGUAUUCAGUUUUCAUAUAUCAUCCUCAUUUUUAUUUUCAUUAUACAACUGAAGCUUCAUCUCAGCAUCACAACAGUAUAUAAUAUAUGACAUAGUAUAGUUGUUUUUUUUUUGUUUUUUUUUUCAGGUUCAGUAUUAAAAAAAUAUAUUAGCAAGUCUGUUAAAUAUAGUUAUAAAUCAGUAGUAUUGUGGUAAUAUAUAAUAUUCCAGUUUUGAGUUUUUCCUUUCUAGAGCUCUUUACGAAAAGCUUCUUUUGAGUUUAGGAAUUAGUUUUGAAUUCAAUUUCUUAUUUUCAACAUAUGACGAUAUGACACAUAUCGGUUUUUAACAUCUUCUAUUGCUCAACCCAAGGAAUCAAUAUUUUAUGUAAUGUAAAUUGUGUUAUAUAGUGGCUGUAUAUGUACAGUAUUUGAAUAAACAUAAUUUUUCAAACAG